AUGAGCAAGACCAUUGUGCUCUCUCUGGAGCCUUAUAUCCAUACUCCAGAUGCACGACUACCCGAAGGUGUGACCUAUAUGGCAUCUUCUGGGUCGUUACUUUGGGUUGACAUCUUCCGUUCGGAAAUUCACAAGGUCACCAAUAUCGACGACCCUGUGAAAACGCAUUCGGUGAUUAAGAUCUCUAGCGAAAAUUACAGAGGCAAUUAUCCUUACUCUACCCAGUUCCCCGAGCGUAUUGGUGUGAUAUUCCCCGUUGAUGGCCCAGACUCUGUGGAAACUGUGCUGUUCGCAGGCAAAUACGGUGUGGGGAACUUGGACCUAGCAAGCGGCGAGUGGGAGUAUUUGGUAUUGUAUUCGUCAUGUGCGGGCCUGGGACAUAAGGAUUGGUCGCGUCUAAGAUCGAAUGACGGCAACGUGGCCCCCAAUGGCGACCUAUACAUCGGGAUCAUGAACGACUUCCAUAUCGGCGUUGACAACACACGGCCACCGGAGGGGUGUCUGGUGCGUGUCAACAUCCCGAAGCGCACAGUGACGCUUCUAUAUGACGGGAUUUAUAUCCCCAAUAGUGUGAACUGGAACCAGCAGCGCGACGUGAUGUUCCUGACCGACUCGCUGCAAUUCACCAUUUGGGCCAUUCCUUACGUCAGCGAUGAGCCUCGGAUGGCUGAAAAGACGCGUUUCAUCGAUUUCAAGCCCAUCAACGCCGAAUUCAAGUCGCCCGAACCCGACGGAAGCGUCGUCGAUCUACGUGACAACACGCUCUAUAGCGCGGUAUACUCCACGUCCAAGGUCCAGGCCUUUGACGCGACCGGUGCCUUGGCCCGCGAGUUUAUCAUUCCGGAUGCCCCUAAUGUUACCUGCUGCUGCGUAGGCCAGGGCGGUGAUCUGUUCGUCACCACAGCCAAUUCCAACGUCGAGGAAGGCGGUGGCUCUGGCAGAGGUGGUGCUCUAUUCCGUAUCCCAGCCAGUUAUAUUACUGGCACUGGCAGGGUGGCUUCUUCCAAACCAGCCCCCUCCUAUUAG